AUAAGAGCAAUGAGCCGCAUAGCUUAAUGGAGAUGAUCAAACUAGACAGUACAAAUUGAGAGCAACCAGAAGAAAAAAAUUAUUUAGAUAAUGGAAAGGGAGAGUAGUAAGGUCAAGAGAGAAGUGCCGGGCAGGAAAUUGAUUGAUGAGGUCUUUUCUUGGUCUAUAAGAGAUGUUCUUAAUAUAGAUCAUUAUAAAAACCAGGUAACUAAGAUUCCUGAGACAUUUUCGAAUGUAAUGAGUUACAUUAGAGAAUUUGUCCCUUCACUUCUAGAGGAAACACAUGAAGAUUUACGCUCAAGUGUGAUGUCCCUCUCGCGGUCACCUGCCUGUGAAAUUCUGACUGUUGAAACUUCCAAGGAUCACAAACCACCUAAAGACCUUUUUUACCAAAUUACAUACAAGAGGAGAGGAGGAGGAGAUUCUGUAGGAGCAUAUGAGCCAGAAUCUGGUGACAUCAUUGCACUCACCGAUGUGAGACCAAAACACAUUGAUGAUUUGAACAGAUCCAGAAAUUCCUAUCUUAUUGCUUAUGUUAUUGGAUCACCACGCGGGAGUUCAGAUAUACUUCUGAUACUUGCAUCAAAGUCCAUCAAGGGAGGAAUGCCAGGAAACAAAAGGGUUAUGAGUAAGAGUGAUACACUAUUUGCUGUAUGCCUCAUGAAUUUGACAACAAACGUACGUGUAUGGAAAGGUUUGAACUUAGAAUCAGGCGCAAACAAAAAUCUGCUCAGGAGUGUUCUGCAAGUGCAACCACCAAACUCAUCACAUGGUCAGAAUUCUUGCACAAUUUGUUGUUCCAAAGAAAACAGCUUCCCUGCGCUUUCUCCAAUGUGGCCUGAAAUGUGUUCCGAUCUAAAUGAUUCCCAAGAGGCUGCAGUUUUGAACUGUAUUAGUUUGAGUAAGUGCCAUCACCAGAAUGCAGUCCAGCUUAUAUGGGGUCCUCCAGGGACUGGAAAAACAAAGACAGUUGGUCUAUCACUGUUUGCAUUGUUUCAGUUGAAGUGCAAAACACUAACAUGCACUCCCACCAACAUUUCCAUCGUAGAAGUAACAAAACGGCUUGUGAAAUUGGUUAACCAAUCAUCAGAGAAUGACAAGUAUGGACUUGGAGAUAUAAUUCUAUUUGGGAAUAGAAAGAGAUUGAAGAUUGAUAAUAAUGAUGACCUUCUUGAGGUUUAUCUUGAUCAUCGUGAAAAUAUUCUGUCCAAAUGUUUUGCUCCAUUGUCUGGUUGGCAACAUUGGCUACAGUCAAUGAUAGAUUUGCUUCAGGAUCCAGACAAACAAUACUCAUUGUAUUUGGAAUCAAUUAGGAGGGAAUACCAUUAUGAAAAUGAUUCUGGUGAUAGGAGCUCAACAAGUCAUGUUAACAAUAGUAUAUUGACGUUUGAACAGGUUGUGAAGGAGAUAAAAUACUCACUGUAUUUAAAAGAGAGAAGGGAGAAAUACUAUGGUGAUAGUGGGAACUCAUCAAGUGAUUAUCACAAUGGUUUAUUGACGUUUGAGGAGUUUGUGAAGAAGAAACAGUAUUCACUGCCUUUGAAAAAGGGAACGGAAAGAUGUGCCAAUGAUAGUAUUGAUGUUUUGACGUUUGAGGAAUUCCUGAAGCAGAAUCAUAUCGUCAUUGGUGAAAAUCUGACCCUGUGUAUGGUAAACUUGUACACUCACUUGCCAACUUCUUGCAUUUCAUUAAAUGUGGUGAAAUACAUGAUUAGAGCUAUUGAAUUGCUCAAGACAGUUAAAUCUUUAGUGUUUAAGGGGGUUGGCAUUGCUAGUGAAAGGUUUCAAUCGGUUGCAAACGAUUGUGUUGUGAUACUGAGGUCACUUCGUGCAUUUUCCGUUCCAAAGUCUAAUGAUAGUCAGGCAAUAAGGAAGCUGUGUUUGGAAAACGUUUGCAUAAUAUUUUGUACUGCAUCAACCUCGGCAAGACUGCAUGCUGAAGCAAUCAAGCCACUGGAAAUUUUAGUCAUUGAUGAAGCUGCUCAGCUUAAAGAGUGUGAAUCGGUAAUCCCCUUACAACUACCUGGCCUUCGACAUGCUAUUCUAAUAGGAGAUGAGAGGCAACUUCCUGCUAUGGUUAAAAGCAAGAUUGCAGAGAGUGCUGGUUUCGGAAGGAGUUUGUUUGAAAGACUAUUCCAAUUGGGACAUAAGAAGCACCUUCUCAAUGUCCAGUAUCGGAUGCAUCCAUCAAUUAGCCAAUUUCCGAAAAAGAAGUUUUACAAUAACCAGAUUUUAGAUGGUCCAAAUGUAAGAAAAGGAAGCUAUCAAAAAUGCUUCCUUGAGGGAAAAUUUUUUGGACCCUACUUCAUCAACAUUGCAGAUGGAAAAGAAGAAUUUGGUCGUGGACACAGUCCGAAAAAUAUGGUUGAGGUUGCUGUUGUCUGUCAGAUAGUUCUUAGCCUUUACAAAGAAUUUACUCAAACAAGGAAGAAGGUUAGUGUUGGGAUCAUAUCACCUUACAAUGCCCAAGUCUAUGAAAUAGAAGAGAGAGUGAAAGAAUACUGUAAAGAUCAUAUAGCAGGAACUGACUUCUCUGUAAGUGUGCGGUCUGUUGAUGGAUUCCAAGGUGGUGAAGAGGACGUGAUAAUCAUCUCCACUGUUAGAUGUAAUUGGAAUGGAUCAAUUGGUUUCCUGUCAAAUCCUCAAAGAGCUAAUGUUGUCCUAACACGUGCACGGCAUUGUCUUUGGAUAUUGGGGAAUGGACCGACCUUGUGUAACAGUAACUCUAUUUGGAAGAAGCUAAUUAUCGAUGCCAAGAAUCGCAAUUGUUUUUACAAUGCUGAUGAAGACACUAACUUGUCCCAUGCUAUGGUAUCUGCCCUCGUGGAUCUUAACCAGGUUCAAGUUUUAUUCAAUUCUGAUUCUCUGCUGUUCAGAAAUGCAAAAUGGAAGGUUUACUUUGCCAAUGAAUUUAAAAAAUCCAUUGCAAAAUUUAAAGACCCUGAGAUUCAUCGUGGAGUGGCUUCUCUACUGAAAAAGCUUUCUAAUGGUUGGCGCCAAUCUCAUGAGGCGAAAGUUUAUGGCGGAACAUAUUGUCAGCUGUUAAACAAGUAUGAAGUUCAUCUAAACCUGAAUUUGAUAUGGAGUGUGGACAUUCUGCAAGAUAAUUCACAACAAGUGCAGAUCAUACAAGUUUGGGAUAUUGUGCAACAUUUUAAGGUACCAGAACUUGUAAAGCGUCUUAACAUCAUUUUUGGAUGCUACACAAUGGACAAGGUCAAUCGCUGCAAACAAAGAAGUCUUGAGGGGGACAGUGUUGUUCCAAUUACAUGGCCACUGGAAUAUUCAAGCAGUUGCAGAGAAUCUGAUCGUAUUACAUCGCCACUGGAAAGUUCAAGCAGUUGCAGUGAAUCUGAUCCUUUGGAGUUCCUUUCAACACCAUUAUCUUGUCUCACUCUGGGGGACGAGCCUGCUGUAAAUUCUAAUGCAACUAAUAACAGCUACUGUUGUUCAAUGUGAGUGCAAAGAAGGCCACCGGAUCGAAACAAAUGUAAUGAAAUAUGAUGAGAACAAGACGUGAUGCAAGAAGCCAAAAGCAGUGCAGCAUCUUAUGCCUCAUUUCGGUUUUCUAAAUCUCUAUAUAUGUAUUUGCAAAUACAUCUACUAUUUAUGCAGAAGUACGUAGAUUAAUU